AUGGGGCUACCAGCCUUAGCCGUAAUAUUAGGCGCUUUCGCCUCGUUUUCCGGCUUUCUUUUCGGCUACGAUACCGGAUACAUCUCUGGAUGUAAAGAGAUGGAAUCCUUCAUACGAACUUUCGGGACUUUGCAGCCAGAUGGAUCUUACCUGUUAGGUUCAGGAAGAGACAGUCUGGUAACUUCCAUCCUAUCGGUCGGAACAUGUUUAGGAGCACUAUGCGGAUCCAUUGUAGGUGAUCGAAUCGGUCGAAGAUUCGGGAUUGUCUUCUAUAUCUGUUUCGCCAUUGGACGAGUGUUCGCUGGUCUAGGUGUUGGGGGAACAUCAUGUCUCGUGCCUCUAUACCAAGCCGAAUGUUCACCAAAAUCUAUCCGAGGGCUGGUAGUUUCGGCAUAUCAAUUCUUCGUGACUGUUGGUCUUUUGGUCGCUGCAUGUGUGGUGUACGCCACCAAAGACAGACCGGAUAACUCAACAUACGAAAUCCCGAUCGGUAUACAAUUUGUGUGGGGAGCGUUGAUCAUUGGUGGAAUGUGCCUUCUACCCGAAUCUCCAAGAUGGCUAUUAUCAAGGGAUGAUCAUGUCAAGGCGAAACAGUCGCUGUCAAAACUGUUGGGUCAACCGGAAGACUCCCAAGCUGUUACUACCGAGUUCGCUGAGAUCGCUGCGAAUCUGGAACACGAGCGAUCUGUCGGCAAAGCGACUUGGGCGGACUGCUUCAAAUACGGCGAAGGAAAGACGAGGCAGAGGAUCUUCACCGGUAUGGCGCUUCAAGCUCUCCAACAACUCACUGGAGUAAACUUCAUUUUCUAUUACGGGACUUCAUUCUUCGCCAACUCAGGAAUUUCCAACCCUUUCUUGACGACUAUUGCUACCAACGUUGUCAACGUUGGAAUGAGUGUGGUCGGAAUGGUGGCUGCCGACAGGGUCGGUAGAAGACCACUCAUGCUGUACGGAGCGGCUGGUAUGGCGGUCUCUCAAUUGAUUGUCGCUGCUGUGGGAGUCGCCGUUUCUCAAGCCAAUCAAGCAGGUCAAAAGGUGCUGGUAGCAUUCUGCUGUAUCUACAUCGCACACUUCGCUUCGACCUGGGGUACUCUGGCCUGGGUGAUCACCUCGGAAAUUUAUCCUUAUGAAUUGAGGGGUAAAGGAAUGAGUUUAUCGACUGCCACUCAGUGGUUGUUCAACUUCGCUAUUGGGUAUGCCACUCCAUAUCUCGUCGAUGAUGCUCCUGGAAGCGCGGGUUUGAAGACAAACGUGUUUUGGAUCUGGGGUGGGUGUUGUUGUAUCGCUUUUGUCUUCGCCUACUUCUUCAUUCCUGAGACUAAAGAGCUAUCGCUCGAGCAGUGCGAUUUGCUAUACAGAAAUUCGACCGUUCUGAAGUCGGCAGCGUACCGAAGACAGAUUCUAGAGCACGAUAUUCACGACGACGAGAUCAUGCACUACAGCGCCAACAAGGGUCCAAGGACCCAACAUAUCGAAGAGGAUCCCAAACAGGCAUUACAGCCGGAGACAAUUGCGUAG